AAAAAAAUGACCAUUGCCAAAGGGGUUAGAAAGGAGCAGCUCAUUUGAGGAAGAAAGGGAACAGUUUAAGUACACCAUGUACAUUCUUCAAAAUUCUCUCUUUUCACUUUCAGCCUCUCCUUCCCCUCCUCCUUUCUCUAAGGCAUAAAAAGUUGAGAGGAGAGUGAGUGAGUGAGAUUGAGAGAGGGAGAGAGUCUUGACUGCUGCAAAGUUCAAACCCUAUUCACUUAGUGAGAUUCUUGAUUUCUUGAAGAAAAAACAUAGCAAUAAGAGGAUAUAUAUAUAAGGACUCCAUGAAUUCAAACAACUGGCUUUCCUUUCCCCUCUCUCCCACUCAUUCUUCCUUACCAGCACAUCUACAGACAAGUCAGUCUCAUCACUUUUCUCUAGGGUUGGUCAAUGAUACUAUGGACAACCCUUUCCAAAGCCAAGAGUGGAAUAUGAUCGAUACCCAUGGCAGCAGUGAAGUUCCAAAGGUUGCUGAUUUUCUUGGUGUGAGCAAAUCUGAAAAUCAGUCAGAUCUUGUUGCCUUCAAUGAAAUUCAAACUAACGAUUCUGAUUACCUAUUCCAAAGCAGUAGUCUAGUGCCAGUGCAAAACACAGUAGUAGCCACCACUAGCAAUUAUGAAUUUCAAGAAAAUGCUAAUAGUUUGCAGUCAUUGACAUUGUCCAUGGGUAGUGGUAAGGGUUCCGCAUGCGAAACUAGUGGUGAUAAUAGUACUAAUACUGUUGAAACCACCCCUAGAAGGACUUUAGAUACAUUUGGGCAAAGAACUUCAAUAUAUCGUGGUGUAACAAGGCAUAGAUGGACAGGAAGGUAUGAAGCUCAUCUUUGGGAUAAUAGUUGUAGAAGGGAGGGACAAUCAAGGAAAGGUCGCCAAGUCUAUUUAGGUGGGUAUGACAAAGAAGAGAAGGCGGCUAGGGCUUACGAUCUUGCUGCAUUGAAGUACUGGGGAACAUCCACCACUACCAAUUUUCCGAUCAGUAACUAUGAGAAGGAAUUGGAGGAGAUGAAGCACAUGACGAGACAGGAAUUUGUGGCUUCUAUUCGAAGGAAGAGUAGUGGUUUUUCUAGGGGUGCAUCCAUGUAUCGUGGAGUAACAAGGCAUCACCAACAUGGAAGAUGGCAAGCAAGGAUUGGCAGAGUUGCUGGAAACAAAGAUCUUUAUUUGGGAACUUUCAGUACUGAGGAGGAAGCUGCAGAAGCAUAUGACAUUGCAGCAAUAAAGUUCAGAGGCCUUAAUGCAGUCACAAACUUUGACAUGAAUCGUUAUGAUGUGAAGAGCAUUCUUGAAAGCAACACUCUCCCAAUUGGAGGAGGGGCUGCCAAAAGACUAAAGGAGGCUCAAGCCAUUGAAUCUUCAAGAAAAAGAGAAGAAAUGAUAGCCCUUGGAUCAAGCUUUCAAUAUGGUAGCUCAAGCUCUAGUAGGUUACAACCAUACCCUCUAUUGCAACACCAACCAUUUGAUCAACCCCAACCUUUACUAACCCUACAAAACCAUGACAUUUCACCGUACACAGCACAAGACCCUUCAUUUCACCAGAGUUACAUACAAACCCAGCUCCAAUUGCACCAGCAAUCUGCAGGUUCUUAUCUUCAUCAAUCAAGCCAGAAUAAUAGUUCUCAGUUUUACAACAGUUACCUUCAGAACCACCCGGCUUUGCUUCAGGGUUUGAUGAACAUGGGUUCUUCUUCUUCUGUGAUUGAGAAUAAUGGAAGUUCUAGUGGGAGUUAUAGUGGCGGAGGAUAUUUGGGAAAUGGGCUUAAUGCAAUGGCUACGAAUUCCCCCUCAGGCAAUGCAGUGGGAUCAGCCGCAGAUGAACUUGCACUUGUGAAGGUUGAUUAUGAUAUGCCUUCUGGGGGUUAUGGUAGCUGGUCUGGGGACUCUGUUCAAGGAUCAAAUCCUAGUGUUUUCACAAUGUGGAAUGACUAAGAUGUGUGAAGGAAGGUGUGGAACUUAAGGGUACGGUACAAUUUGGUGCACUUUUUUUUUGAAAAAAAAAAAUGUUUUAAGUAAUAGGAGUUGAUGAGUUUCAAUGCAAACCCUAAUUAAGGAGGGAUUUCUAUUUUAUUUAGUUCAAGUAAUUUGAACAAUUGAGGGUUUUGCAAUUUACUUUACUGAAGAACUGACUCUUACCCCAGUCAAAUCCGAUUGUGGGCCUUCUUUUGCAUUGUCACUUUUGAGGGUUGAAGUCGAAGAUCCAUGUUAAAUUUUGGAUUUGGAUAGAAGCUCGUGAAUUUCUACUUAAAAUCACUGUAUUAACAUUUUUAUCAUUUUAAAUUUAAUUUUACCAUGCUGAAAUGAUC